CUGCCCCUCCCUCACCUCUCAACCUCCAGGACUUUCUUCUCCUCCACCCCCUUGCCAGCCACUCCCACCGUUCAUCUCCAUAUUCGCUCUUUGGCACCUGUUUCCUCCGCCCCUCCUUCUCCUUCCCAAAUGCCACCUCGCUGCCUGCACGUUCCGAGGGAAUAUAUGAAGGAGGAGGUGGAGGAGUGUGCUGAAGAUGAGGCGACUGAAUCGGAAGAAGACCUUGAAUUUGAUGAAAGAAUUGGAUGCCUUUCCAAAGGUUCCUGAAAGCUAUGUGGAGACUUCAGCGAGUGGAGGCACAGUUUCUCUGAUAGCAUUUACAACGAUAGCUUUCCUGACUAUAAUGGAGUUCAUGGUGUACCGGGACACAUGGAUGAAAUAUGAAUAUGAAGUAGACAAGGAUUUUACUAGUAAAUUAAGGAUCAAUAUUGAUAUUACAGUUGCCAUGAGGUGUCAAUAUGUGGGGGCUGAUGUUCUGGAUUUAGCAGAAACAAUGGUUGCCUCUGCAGAUGGGUUAAUCUAUGAACCAGUACCAUUUGAGCUCACCCCACAACAAAAAGAAUUGCAAAGGAUGCUGCAACUAAUUCAGAGUAGGCUGCAGGAAGAACACUCUCUUCAAGAUGUGAUAUUCAAAAGUGCAUUUAAAGGUGCUUCUACAGCACUGCCACCACGGGAAGAUAAUUCAUUACAGUCUCCAGAUGCAUGCAGAAUUCAUGGUCAUCUCUAUGUCAAUAAAGUGGCAGGGAACUUUCACAUAACUGUGGGCAAGGCAAUACCACACCCCCGAGGCCAUGCACACUUGGCAGCCCUUGUAAGCCAUGAGUCCUAUAACUUCUCCCAUAGAAUAGAUCAUUUGUCAUUUGGAGAGCUUAUUCCAGGAAUUAUUAAUCCAUUGGAUGGAACAGAAAAAAUUGCAUCAGAUCACAAUCAGAUGUUCCAAUAUUUUAUCACAGUUGUGCCAACCAAACUCCAUACAUACAAAAUUUCAGCAGAAACUCAUCAAUUUUCAGUGACAGAAAGGGAAAGAGUAAUUAACCAUGCAGCUGGCAGCCAUGGGGUGUCAGGAAUAUUCAUGAAAUACGACAUCAGUUCACUUAUGGUGACAGUGACAGAAGAACACAUGCCUUUUUGGCAGUUCUUAGUGAGGCUCUGUGGCAUUAUUGGUGGAAUUUUUUCAACUACAGGAAUUUUACAUGGCUUUGGAAGAUUUGUAGCAGAAAUUAUUUUUUGCCGUUUCAGACUGGGCUCUUACAGAUCCACAUCGCAGGUUCCACUUCCUGAUGGCCACACAAGCAACCACGUACCUCUAAUUACAGACAAUAGUACACAUUAGCCUCCUGAGAAUUUUUUUCUUCCUGCCUGAUACAGACUUUUUUUAUAAUAAAGAAAACAUUGUGCAAUAUCCUGAGACAGUGCUGAUGGGCAGCAAAAAUUGGAGCCUUUACAAAAAAAAACCUCCAACAAAACAAUUCGUGUAAUUUUUUGUCUUUGAGUUCACAUGGACACAUAGGAAAUUGUGAGACCAGUGAGAUGGAUGAUCUUCUGGAGAGUGAAGGAGUGUUGCUGCCAAUACAGUAUUUGUGGUCAAGCUGAACAUCUUUGUGGUGGCUGCCCGUGACCACUGAAGCAUCUUAGUGAUGCCUGGGAAGGCUGCAGGCCCCAAGGAGAAAAGAGUACAAGUGGGAUGUGUGGAAGGGCUGCCAGCAGCCACAGAGGGACAGUAACAGAGCUGGAGUUUCUCUUAAGUGUGCAAAUGGAAGAUUGGCUUUUCUUGUUUUUUUAAUCAUGCUGGGACUGAGGGCUAAGAUGUCUUUUAUACAGCUGGGGAGCGAUCCUAGAAAAUCCUGAAGAAGAUGGGAGCAAGAGAGUAAGUAAGGUGGAGCCCAAGCUGUGAUGUUGGUCACAACCACUGCCUUUGUGCAGCCCCACCAUUGCUUAGUGGAAGAAACGUGGAGCAGAGGAGUUCCUCUGUGUUUCCACACAGUCACUGUGCCAGCAGUGAGAGUGUCACUUCUGCCAUUGGUGCAGAAGCUCCCAAGGACUCCAAGAAUGCACUCCAGCCUGGACAGCUUUUGGACUUGGAAUAAGAAGCCCUUUAAGUAAGGCAUUUGACUGUGGUCUUGAUAGAAGGCAAGACUCCCUAGUGAAGUCAGGAAAUGUUGUAUCCCUCUUUCUUGGUAAAAAAAUUGCUCUGAUGGACUCAUGGUUGUAGCUGUGCUGCUCAUGUGGGAGCCAUGGGAACAUCCACAUCCUGGAAAUGGAGGGGGGAAGGGAGAAGGGGGCAAGAAGCUGCCAGCUCAGGCUGGCUGGGAGGUCUGCUAGGCCAGGCACGGAGUGUGGAGCUGGUGGUAGGUGACUUCAGGGAAUCUGAAUCAUAUUGCUGCAGGCAGGUGAUGAGACAGGAUCUGCAGAACUAAUCCUUGCUGUUCAUUAAGGUUUUUGUAAAUUAAAUGAAGAGAGCAAUAUUGUAUUGUAAAUAAGCUACUGAGAAAGAAUGUUAAUGCAAAUGGUGCUUUGAGAAAUGGGACAUCGUGUUACUGCUGAACUACUGGUGUACACCUGUGGUUGAACAGUUACUCCACCAGUGUAAAAAAUUAUUAAUAUGAUUCCUUCUCAGCAAAACUGAUUUAAUAAUAUGUUAGAAGAUGAUGCUGAUCCUGGCCUUACUCACCAUGGAAUUAAUAUUUUAAUUAAGAGGACUAAUUACAGAAAAAAUAAAAAUCUCUGUGGCAUUGUCA